AUGGUCUUGUUCAGGACUGGCCUUGCUGCUCUGAGCGUCGUCUCAGCAGCCGUGGCGAGCACCUGCGUCCCCCGGGCUGUCAAUACCACGACCUGCAAUGGCAAGAGGUAUAUCUACGACGGCCUGUCGGGCUACGGCUUCGUCCCGGGCAGCGCGCGCGACAAGUACGGCGACACCAUCAGCAUCGGCUCCAGCAUUGCCAUCGAGUCGUGGGAGCGCAGCAAGUGCGGCAGCUCCUACGAGGGCAUCCUGUACGGCUUGCCCGACCGCGGCUGGAACACCGAGGGUACGCUCAACUACCAGCCCCGCAUCCACAAGUACACGGUCCGCCUGACCCCCGUGCCGGCGUCGCUGUCCAAGCCCGCCCAGCCCAACGUCGAGUUCGAGUACCUCGACACCAUCCUGCUGACCGGCCCCGACGGCACGCCCACCACCGGCCUCGACCCGGAUUUCGCCGGCGGCGCCACCUACCCGGGCUUCCCCGUCCUGCCGGCGGCCACGUAUCCCGGCGACGGCUUCGGCGGUCCCGGUGCAGGCGGCAGGCGUGUCUGCCUCGACCCAGAGGGCCUGGUCCUCGCCCGCGGCGGCGGCUUCUGGAUCAGCGACGAGUACGGCCCGUACGUGUACCGGUUCGACAGCAGCGGCAAGAUGGUCCACGCCAUUGCGCCGCCCGAGGCCAUCCUGCCGCGCCGCAACGACACUGUCAGCUUCUCGGCCAACAGUCCCCCCCGCUACGACCCAGCCAAGCUUCCCACCCCAGGGGACCCCACCCUGGGCCGGCAGAACAACCAGGGCUUCGAGGGCCUGACCGCCUCUGCGGACGGCAAGACGCUCUACGUGCUCCUGCAGUCGGCGGCCGAGCAGGAGGGCGGCGCCUCGGCCCCGACGCGGCGCCACGUCCGCCUGCUGGCGUACUCUCUCUCCAACGAGGAGGCGCCAACGUACACGGGAGAGUGGGUGGUGCCCCUCCCCACGUUCGUCAACGCGGCCGGCAAGGACCGCGUGGCGGCGCAGUCGGAGCUGCACCACGCCGGCGGGACGCAGUUCCUGGUGCUGCCGCGCGACUCGGGCGCCGGGAGGGGCAUGGACGAUGCGCUGUCGAGGUAUAGGCGCGUCGAUGUGUUUGAUGUCGCGGGCGCGACGGAUGUUGCGGGGAAGUAUGAUGGGGUUGGGGAUGCGGUUGCGAGUGCAGGUGGCGUGCUCAAGGACGAGAUCACGCCCGUGACCUACUGCUCCUGGCUGGACUUCAACGUCAACUCGCAGCUGGGCAAGUUUGGCUUGCAUAACGGCGGGGAACAGGACGAGGGCCUGCUGAACGAGAAGUGGGAGGGAUUGGCGCUCGUCCCCGUCAGUGACGACGAGGAGGAUGGCAGCGGCGGCGGCAAGGAGUAUUUCCUGUUUGCGUCGUCGGAUAACGACUUUAUUACCCAGGAUGGGUAUAUGAACGGUGGCUUGUUGCCGUAUCAGGAUGAGUCUGGCUUCAGCCUGGAUAACCAGAUGCUGGUGUUUAGGGAUGCGGAGUCUGGGUUGGCCUGCAUUCACCCCGACUAUCGGAACAAGGUGCGCCACACCUGCUUCAUUUUGUACCAAGUUGUCACCCUGGCCGACUACGGGAUGUUGCACUACUACCAAACUCCCUUCGUCCACAACUCGGCCACUUUCCUGCUCUGGCAUCGGCACUACAACUGGGUCCUCGACCAAGAUCUCCAUGACUUGUGCGGAUACAGCGGAGUCUUCCCGUACUGGGGAUGGGGGCUCGACCGGGAGAACAGACAGACCAUCUCGGGCACGAAUACCAUGUACAACCGGCCCCCGAGCGCGGAAGCCAAGCUCACGGACUCCAAGGCCUUUGAGCCGAUCAGCCGAAACGUGACAAUCGAGCAGACCAUGGAUACCGUUGGAGGGACACCGCUUUGUUACGUCUACAAGCCGUGGUAA